AUGGAACCCGUUAGCCUCGCUCUAGGUAUCAUCCCUCUCGUCGGCAGGUCCCUAAAGGUCUACAAAUGCACCUCCUCGCGACUCAAAACAUUCCGCCAUUAUUCAAGAGAGGUGGACCGUGUCCGGAAGAGUUUUGACCGCCAAAGGUAUAUCUUUCUCAAUGAGGUCCAUCUUGUUCUUCGCUUGGUCCUUGAGGAUGAGUCAUUGGCCCAGGACAUGAUUGACGAUGGCGCGCACAAAAAGUGGAGGAGCUCUAGCUUGGAGGAUUCCAUGGCAGAACGCCUCGGGAACAAUUCCCAAUACUUAAAGAAAACCAUUGAAGAUAUUGGAACAAUUGUCAGCGAUGUGGAAAAGGGCUUGGAGUGCUUUAGCGGCCUAGAUAAAGAACGGCUCGAGAAUGAGCGGCUCAAAGACACAGUAAGACGCGUCAGAGAUCGCAUAACCAUUGUAUUCGAUAAGUCCAAGUUUGAGAAAUGGACCAGCGACCUCCGAGAUUCCAACAGCGACCUGAAACUGUUCCGCGAACAGAUAGGCGAGCUUUGCAAACCCAUUACUCGGACCCGUCGGUGGAAGCAUUAUGGAACCGCGCGGCGGCUGCAUAAAUACACAUUCGAAAACUACACCAACACUAGGAUGGCCUCACAAGCACUGCACGAGGAAUUGUGCACCGCCUGGUCGACGCCAGAUUCUGCGCACUUUCGACACUCGGUCCGACUGUUCCUGGAGACAACAUGCCGCGACGAGGUUCAGUUAGAUCUCAUCAUCUCAUGCCUCGAGCAUAAAAUGAAGCAGGCCCAGAGUCAGACAGCGUCUUAUAAUGCCAGACUAGCAUCUAGCCUAGCCCUGGCGAAUACGAUGACUGUCCACGUCAAGUCAAAGGCGCUGGUGAUAUUGGGCCCUGGGUUUAUCACGACAUUGCUGGAUUCCAACAAUACGAGACAAAAGCGUCGACAAGUUGUAAGAUUCGAAGACGACAUUGACGAAGACUGCGAGAUCCAGAAAAUUGCGUCGUCAACUUCUCGGGAAGUUGCCCUUGACCUCCAGCGCACACAACAUUUCUGUUCAGAACUUGUUCCCAAGAUUGCUCACCAACGACCAGAGGCCCCCUCUAAUGUCUCUUGCAAAAGGCGAAAUUACACAGCUGAAUGCCUCGGAUACUUGGAUACUUGGACGCGUGAUGAGUAUCGACAUUCCUUUUUCCUAUGCUGCGAAGGCGUCUGCAACCCUAGCCUCUGCAAGGGUGAAAUCAAGCCCGAAGGGCUGACCCGAAUGGAUGAGAUGCUGGCGCAACCUCGCAGCGAUGAACUAUCCAUUCCCGAGCAGCUUCGCCUUGCACUGCACUUGGUAUCGGCUAUGCUGAGGUUCAACUCGACGUCAUAGCU